CCCGCCGAUACCCCGUCCUCCGACCGUAUCCCGGACAGCCCCCCUUCAGCCUGAAGUCAGCACGGCGUAACCCAACUCAACCCUGCGCCUUGACCGCAACACAUCCGGAUCGCGCAGCAGAGCCAUGGCUGGUCAAGCAGGAAACCACGAGGAGCACGAGGGCGCCUCAACCGCCGAACUGCUGAUCGAAGCCUGCCGGCGCAACAACACCGACCUCCUCUCGGAAAUCCUCUCCUCGUUUGACGGCGACGAAGAAGCCGCGGCGGCCGUCCUCAACAAGACCACCACCGUGCUAGGCAACCAUCUCUACCACGAGGCCGCGCUGCAGGGGAAUUACGAGGUGAUCGACAUGCUGCUGGACCAGCCCGGGUUCGAGUGCGACCCGGUCAACCGCGUCGAGGGGGACACGCCGCUGCACUCGGCGAUACGCUGGAUCAACUCGGAGCCCGAGGGGCAGCGCGAGUUUGGCAACGCCCUGGUCGAGAUGAUGCUCGAGGCCGGCUCCAACCCCAGGAUCAAGAACAAGGGCGGCCUGACGCCGCUGCAGCUGGUCGACCCGCGAAACGAGGGCCUGAAGGAGCUCAUCAGGAAGCAUGAGUAUGCAGCGCUGAACGCGGGGGAUUUUGUCCCCGUCGACGAGGUCAAGGGCGGCAAGGGCCUCUUAGCAACGUCCCGGGCGCAGCAGGAGGACGAAGGAGAUGACGAUGCUGAGUUUAGCGGGAGUGAUGAGGAGGAGAGGGCCGAGUGGGAAAGGAGGAAGGCGAAAAGGGGUUGAGCUCAGGGGGCUCAGGACUGUUUUGGCGUGAUGUAGACUCUAGAUGGGAUACCCAGCGGCGAGAGAGGUCGCCUACACGUUAGCUGGAUGGUG